UCGAUUCGGUUCGGUUGCCACCUGUCCCGGAAGGCACUAUCUCCGCUACACGGCAUCGAUAUCACUGGGGACCUGCUGGUUCCUUGGAAAAGGAACUCCAACAAACGGCAAUUGAAUUAAUCGUACGAGUGCCGCCGCCGAUUAGAUUGUGCUGCAAACUAGACGAGUGACUAUUAUUCGGCAUUCGAUAAUAUGCGCGUUAUAUAGGCAACGGCAAACCCUCCAGUUGAGUCGAGUAACACAGUGAGCCCUCUGUCAGCUAUCUGACACAAUCUUAUCGCUUGCCAUCGCCGAUGAUUGGUUGAGACCCCAGACAAGACAAUAGCAUCUUCACCUUCCAAGAUAAGGAAUUCAAGAUGCCGGAAACGAAGCGCAGGGGCUCAAACCCCCCACCCGGUCACUACCUGUGCGGCAUGGCCAACUGGCAUCCACAGUGGCUGCAGAAAUAUGCCACCACCAAGAUGUUUAUGGCCGUCUAUGGGCUAUUGGGCACGAUCCAGGCCAUGUCCUACAUGUACUUUAUCGUCACACUCACCACGCUGGAGAAGCGCUUCAAGAUUCCCAGUCAGACCACGGGAAUCAUUCUCAGCGGCAAUGAAAUCUCGCAGAUCAUGCUUUCCCUCAUCCUCUCCUACAUCGGUGGCCAGCGCAAUCGUCCGCGCUGGAUAGCCUGGGGUAUUGUCUUUUGCGGCUUGUCCUGCUACAUUCUUGUCCUGCCGCACUUUAUCUACGGAGCUGGGCACGAAGUGCUGCAGUUCACCAAAGAGUACCAGGAUAGCCUGCUGAAUAGCACCUCUGGCGAGGGAUUGCCGCUGUUGAAUGUCAGCGCUGCCCAAAGCGAGCAGCUGUGCGGCGUGGGAAAAACGGAAGAGGGCUGCGACGACCUCUUCACCUACGUGCCUCUGGUGCUGAUCUUUCUCUCUCAGUUUGUGCUGGGAGUGGGCAACACCAUGUACUACUCGCUGGGACAGACCUACCUCGAUGACAACACCAAGAAAACCAAUACUCCCCUGAUGUUGGCGGUGGCCAUGGCCCUGAGAAUGAUUGGUCCCGUCGUAGGUUUCCUGUUUGGCUUCAUUUCGCUAAACACCUUCAUCGAUCCCAGCAAGACCCCACUGAUCGACAACAAGGAUCCACGCUGGCUGGGCGCCUGGUGGCUGGGUUGGGUCAUCCUUGGCACUCUCAUGUGCCUCUUCUCUGGUCUGAUCGGACUCUUCCCCAAGCAGCUGCCCAAGGCCAGCGAUCAGGGCAGACCCAACUCCCAUUUGCCUCUGGCUCUGCGCCAGACAAAAGAGGAGCUGAAACGCGAGGAAAAUCUCUCGCUGAGCAGCCGCUUCUCUUCGAAUGCCGCCCUGGACAACAUUGGAGCAGCGGGGGCCACCACGGAGUUGCCCAAGCUGAAGGACUUCCCGCGGGCACUAAUGCGACUGCUGCGCAACAAGCUACUGAUCUUUAACAUCACCUCGGGCGUCUUCUACAUCCUGGGAGCCUCCGGCUUCAUGACUUUCCUCACCAAAUACAUGGAGGUGCAGUUCCACAAGAAUGCCCAGAGUGCCACUGUCAUAGUUGGUCCUGCCUCUAUUUUGGGCAUGGUUGUGGGUCUAAUUGGCUCUGGUCUGGUCAUCUCCAAGAAGAAGCCACAUGUCAGCAAGGUGCUCAUGUGGAAUGUGAUAGUGGGUGGCGUCUACAUCAUGGGACAGAUCUCCUAUGCCUUCCUCUACUGCCCGGAUACCUUCUCUAUGACCCAUGUGGGAGAGUUAAACCUCACAAGGACAUGCAAUACAAACUGCUCCUGCGAUGGAAUCAGCUACACACCCGUCUGCCACGAGCCUACAGACACCACAUUCUUCUCCGCCUGCCAUGCAGGCUGCCGAGGAUUCAAUGCCACGACCAAGGUGUACGAGGACUGCAGCUGCCUCGCCGAUGUGACACCGCCUUCGAGUGCAGCCCAACGGUUCCUGAGACUCAUGGAUCCCGUCACUACUAUUGAGCCCGAAGUGGACCUGGAGAGGACCACGGAUUACCUGCUGAGCGGAGUACCAUUGCUAAACGAAGAGGGAGACUUCGACGAAGAGAGGGUGCUGCCUAGAACAAGGAGAUCAGCUCCGGACCAAGUGCUUCGCCCGGGUAUCUGCACGCAGAACUGCAACUGGAGCUUCUGGGUCUUCUCCAUCACCUCGAUGGUGGUCAACUGGUUCGGCUCGUCCGGUCGUGUGGGCAAUGUACUCGUAAAUUAUCGUGCUGUGGCUCACGAGGAUAAGUCCUUUGCCCAGGGACUGGCUCUGAUGAUGAUCAGUUUGUUUGCUCUGAUUCCGGGUCCCAUUAUGUUUGGACGACUCAUUGAUUCCACCUGUCUGGUAUGGACGAAGACCUGCAAUGGCAAUGGCAACUGCCAGCUGUACGAUCAGACGCGGUUCAGAUACUCUCUGAACUUUUUGUCUUGCGUUCUCACCUUCAUUGGAAUGUUCUUUGACUACCUGGUUUGGUAUUACGGCCGGAAUCUGGAUAUUUAUGGCGACAAGGAGGCCAAGGAAGAGGAGCGUAUCAACCGAAAGGACAGACCCAUUACUCCGCUUCUGGCCAAGAAAUCCGACAAGGAGGACUAUUAGGAGAGGAAUACCAUUCGUGAUACUCAAUUCUAAGGAGUAGCUUCAUGUUUCAUCCAAUUCUAGCAUAAGUUUCUGUACGGAAAUACAGAGAACGGGGCAAUGCCAAGAUUAUACAGCCAUAUGUACAAAACUUCCGCUCUUCGAUAGGAUAUUCGCCAUUGGAUAUUCGCACGAUCCAGUGGCCAGUUUCAGUGUACAACUUGUAAUUAUUUGUAUUAUACACUAAGAUGUAUUAAUAUUAUGUAUCUUGUCUAGUUUUAUAAUAAUAAACAAUAAAAAUAAAAGAAUUUAUUUGAAUUUAAA